AUGGCUGAGAUUCCAUCCAUCAGCCACACGUUGGUCAGAACACAGCUAUACUUCUGUGGGGUGCUCUGCGUUCUCACCAUCCUUUGGUGCACUUAUCGGGAGCUCUACAAGAGAAAACUGCAACGGGAAGGCAAGAUUCCUUGUGCAGACUUGGUAUGCAAUCAUCCAGAUGACACUACUCGACGACUGGUCCAGUAUGGUUAUACCACUUCCUGGCUCGGCUUUGCAAUCAUUCACUGCUGGACAGCUACAUUGGUGGUGAGUUACAUUCUUGCGAUGUGGGGCUGUUGGAUGUCCUACGUGAUCUUCGACGGUCUCUACUUUCCACCUUCCGCAGCUUUCUGGCAGGAUGUCUUCCAAAGCUGGGAUGGUGUGAUGUACCCCUGGUGCGUGUGUUUCGUCCUGAGUCACCUCUGCCUGGUGGGUGUCCUAAUCUUUUGGGACGCCAUGCGAUCUCAAAGCAUGCUGCCGGCGACCUCUAUGGCUCAGGCGAGUCACCUGAUGGUGCAAGAAACUCUGGACUUGGAAGAUGCAGCCGGUGCCAAUGUUGAAAAAGAUGGUCCAGCUCCUGGGCUCUUUCGGGGCUGCUCGCUCUUGGCGGAGUACUUGCAGCAACUUCGUGCAAGGCAGAUCUUGCCCAUCCACAAGUGCAAGGGCAAGCUGUAUGUGGAACACAUGUGUGUUCGAUACAUCUACAGUGAGAAGACCCGAUCUUUCGUCAUCCCGAGCCAGCCUCCGGCGAGCUCAACGAAGAUGCACGCACUCCUGCGAUCGGGAGGUGCGGCUGCGCCUUCCCGCCAUGGCCCCUUGGGCAGAGUGGUGCUACAGCCAUCACACCAAGUCGGGCUCCACCUGAACGUGGGCAAGUGUGAGCUCACCACGCUCGGGGGUCCCAACACGAACUUGGACAGCAGCCUUUUCCCCCCUGGCUUGCGCAUCAACCAUUCCGGGGAGUUCGUUCUGCUUGGCUCUGCCCUCGGCAGCCCCAGCUUUUGCCACCAGCACACCAAGCAGCGUGCGAUGCAAACGGAACCUCUCCUUCAAGCUCUGGGCCAGCUGCCCGACAGCCAGACAGCCCUCAUGCUGCUCCGUCAUUGCGCCUCCUGGUCAAAGCUUGUAUACUCCAGUCGGGUCACCCCACCCCCGUUCCAUCAGGAUGCAUUGAAGUCGUACGACCUGGCAGUUCUUCAAUGCUUGGAAUCUUGUUGCACGGGAGCACUUACGCCGGGGGCAUGCCUCCAGGCCACCUUGUCCACCAAGUCUGGCGGCCUUGGCCUUCGCAGCAUUUUCCGUCACAGUGGAGCUGCCUAUACGGCUUCUGUUCUGGCCACUUCUCCAAUUUGCUCCUUGCUGCUGCCAACCUACAACCCCAGCACGGACGCCAUCAUUGCCAACCUCAACGAGUCGCUGCUCGCUGCCGACCAUGUUGCUCUCCCACCGCCGCAUUCCCUUCGACAACAAGAUUUGUCUCGGGCAGUGGAUAGAAGCACGGCCGCCCAGCUUGCCUCGGCCUUCUCUGGGCCCGGCCAUGAAGCUUUUAGAGCGCAUCUCCAACUUCUUCAAGAACCUGGAGCAGGUGCUUGGCUGCAGGCCCUGCCAAGUGCUGCCCUUGGCCUCCAUGUUGACAGCGUCCUCUUCCGCGUCAUGGUUCGCCUUCGUCUUCGCCUUCCUCUCCAUUCUGAAGAUGUGCCUUGCCGUUUUUGUGACGGGGUGUGUGAUACCUACGGAGACCACUCUCGGGCCUGCCCUUGUGGUGGCGACAGGACGAAGCGGCACAAUCGUCUCCGCACCAUCGUCGCGACCUGGGCAUCAGCGGCUGGCCUCCACCCUGAACUUGAAAAACCCGGGUUGCUCCCGCCCAGGCUUGAACAUGGUGGGGCCUCAGAAGAUGGCGUGCGGCAAGGGCCUGGUCGACGCCCAGCAGAUGUUUACGUCCCGCACUGGGGCCUUCAUGGUGCAGCGGCUUUCGACCUGGCAGUCACGUCGGGGCUGCGCGUCGGGGCGGUCGCUGGCUCUGCUCAAGAUGGCAGCCGGUCGGCGGCAGACUACGAAGCUCGCAAGCGUUCCCACCACAACACCGAAGCCACGUGCACCGCUGAAGGGUUGCAGUUUGUCCCUCUUGUCGCUGAAGCAUGCGCUGGCGGUUGGGCACCUGCAGCCACUUCGACUUGGAAACUCCUCGCGCGUGCCGUCGCUGGUCGCACUGGUGAGUCUGUCUCCGUUUUGACGGAGCGGCUGCAACAAACCCUGGCUUUGACUUUGCAGCGGGAGAACGCUCGAGCGGUCCUUCGAAGAGCUGGAGACGCCAUUUCUCCAACAGCAGUGCAGCCAGUUGCCGGCCCUUUUUUUGCUCGCUGGCGUUUGGCUAGCCAGGGUGACACCAGCCCGUGUCUGACCACUCAGCAAGUCUUGGAGCGAAGGGAAGAAAGUGGGCAGAAUGCGAUUCACGUGCGCGUGCCCGGGCGGUUGGAGUCCCUGGUGACCGAGUUUUCCAACUUCUACUAUGUCUUCAAUUCCGUGGCCUUCCUGACCUAUAUCGCCUUCACCACUUGGAACAUUGGCAUCUUGUGGUUCCUGAUGACCCUGGGUGCGGGCGUCUACAAGGGCCUGGUGGUGACCCGCCCCAACCAGAAACGCGUCGCGGAGCUGGCGAAGGUCAGGCAGCGCUGCCUGGUGCUGCGGGAGGGCGCCUGGAUAGACGAGGAGUCCUCGGACAUCGUGGCUGGGUUUUUUGGGCACCUGGUGCUGGUGGUGCUGGGUGAUAUUGUGCAAGUGAAAGGAAUGGGCGUCGAGAUCCCGUGCGAUGGCCUGCUAAUUAGUGGAAGUCUCAUCGUGAAUGAGUCCAUGCUCACAGGCGAACCCAUGCCCGUGGCGAAGGUGGCGGUGCAAGAUGUGGAGAGUUACGACAUCAGGGUGAAAAGCAACAAGGUCUAUGCAGGCACCUGGGUCAUUGAAUCGGAAAACGAGCACGCCUUAGUCUACUGCACGGAUGUGGGUGCUCUCACCACGCGGGGGCAGCUGGUGAGGAUGGUUCUCUUUCCCACCAGUGUGCACUUCAAAUAUGUGGACCAGUUGCCCGUGGUCUAUGGCCUCAUGUCUGUCUACGCCUUCAUCAUGGUGAUCCUCAAAUCGCUGCUGAUCGACGAGGGCUCGGAGGUGGUGAAGUUUUUGGGCAUCCUCUGCCUGGCGCUGAGUUCACUGAUUGGUGCCCUGAGCCCCAUGUUGCCCGUGUCACUGGUCAUGGGGCAAAGCGCCUCAGCCACACGCCUGGGAAAUGGCACUGGCGAAUAUCAGAUCAAGUGUCUUCAACCUGGGAGGAUCCCCGUCGCCGGGAAGAUCUCGGUGAUGGUCUUCGAUAAGACGGGCACCAUCACCAAGUCGGGCAUGGACUUCACGGCCGUGCAGCCAGCCCAAGGGGCCUCUUUCCAACCACGUUUGGCCACGGAUGGCGACGUCGCGCGCUUGAGCAACGCGAUGCCCGAGGUCUUGCACCGGGCAGUGACGGUGUGUCACACGGUCAAGAAACUUCAGGACGGAAGACUGGUGGGCAACGAGUUGGAAUGCGCCAUGGUGCGACGGAUGACGACUCCUUCGGUGGAGCCUGGUGAUGAGAUCCUUGUGCGAGAACUGCACUUCGACCAUCUCAGCAUGACCAGUGGCGUGGUGCUUCGGAGACAAAGUGUUCUUGAAGCCUUUGUGAAGGGUAGCCCUGCAAUGAUCAAGAGCAGAUGUAAAGCAUCCUCCCUGCCAGCGGACUACGACUCGGUGGUGAUGCGAUAUGCCAAGGCGAAUUUCUACACCAUUAGCAUUUGCCACAAGACUAUUCCAGAGCUCAGUGAUCAAGAGGUGAAUGAGUUACCACGGGCAGAACUGGAGCAAGACCUGAUUUUCGAUGGGCUCUUACUGUUCCAGAAUGAGAUGAAGGUGGAAUCUCCUGAAGCCAUUCAGAAGUUGAAAGAAGGCGCCAUCAGAUCUGUGAUUUGCACCGGUGACAGCGAGCUCACGGGCAUUGCCAUUGGCAAGCAAUGUGGCAUCGUCACGGGUCCCUGCUUCCGUGGUAGCAUGGAGCCCAGCGCGGAUGGCACGUUGGUCUUCACGGAUCCGGAGAAGGAUGACGCACCAGUAGACGUCCUGGUGGAUCAGGGCCAGCUGGCCCUGAGCCGCGGAGCCUGGCAGCACCUGCGCCAGCGGCCGCAGCAGCUGGCAGCGCUGGGGCCACGCUGUGUGGUCUUCGGGCAGAUGAAGCCGGACGACAAGAUCAAUGUCAUCAAGCACUUCCAAAGCCAGGGCUUGAUUGUAGGCAUGGCCGGUGAUGGUGGCAACGAUUGCGGUGCCUUGCGCGCGUCGCACGCGGGCAUCGCCCUGUCCAAGGCGGAAGCGUCGUUGGUGGCGCCGUUCUCCACGGGACGAGUGGAGAGGAACAGCGGGCAGAUCUCGUUGAUGACAGUGCCUGAUUUGAUUCGAGAGGGGCGUGCUUGUUUGGCAACCAAUCUGGCGACCUUCUCAUAUUUCAUCGUGCAAGCGCUGAGCAUUUAUACCAUCAUGUCGACGCCUGGCAGGGAUAGCACCCGAUGGUGCGAUGUCAGGGACAAGAUUUCGAUGAUGACGUGCAACGUGGUCUUUGGGGAGUGGGUCUACAUGCUGAAAGAUAUUGGCCUCGGGAUGGUGAUGACCUUCUACAUGACGAGGUCCAAAGCUCUGCCUUUCUUAGCCAAGGUGCGACCUACUGCAACUUUGUUGGGCUUCAGAACCGUGUGUACCAUUGGAACCCAGGUGCUCUUGAACGUGGUCUUUUUUCUGGGUAUCCGUGAGCUGCUCUAUGCACAGCCCUGGUAUGAUCGGGUGAAUCCCGUCCAUGACAUCCACAUCGCAUCCCACAUGUGGAUGUUGAGAGGAGAUAACUAUGAUGGAGCUUUGACUGCCAUUUGUUGCACGGCUUCAUUGGCAAACGUGGCUUAUGUCAACACCUACGGCGGCAAUUUCCGAAGGAAUAUUUGCCGGAACGUGGGAAUCAACGUGGUGUACUUGCUGUCGAUGGGUUUGGUUGGCGUGCUGACUCUCUCCACCCCGAAUCCCUUGAACUGUAUCUUCCGAGUGAACUGCGACACGCCCAACUCCCUAGCCUGUGGUGCCAUCCCCAUCGUAGAUGAAGUGUCAGUGGGUGGCAUCGGAGAAUGCUUCCUGGGACCUCAGGUGAAGCCAUGGCAAAAUCACAGCCGCUCCUUGGUGGCUGAUGUCUGGCUACCUUCGAAAGACUCCAAGUGUCUACCGCCAAGCCCGACCCUUGCGGCCAUUCCUCUGGAUCAUCCAUUGAUCAGCACGGGCAAGGGCUUCUCGGUCACUACGGGGUGCAUAGGACCCAACAACUGCUUCUCCGUGUACUUCAAGUGGAUGUUGGCUGCCCUGCUUUUGCUGCAGACCUUCCUCCACCAUUUCUUUAUGAAAUUUGUCUUGCUGGGCCCUGUGGCGCGUUUCAUCCGCACGUGGCAGCAUCAAAGUGGUCAAAGUACGGUCGAGGGAGGGACCCCGUGCAUGGCCAGCUCCGUUCUACCAACUGCAGCACAGUUAGCAACUUUGACUGAUCUGAACGCGGUGGUGCAAUGGGCCGGGGUAUCUCAGGAAGCUUGGACAGCUUUCCAAACUGCUGUAGGCACAUUGCCUACCUUGCGUAUCUUCUCUGGCUUGUCCGAAAUGGCCUUCAAAGCAGUACUGCGCCAGGCACGAAUCGCUGUGACUGGUGGGACUCCCAGAGAGUUCAAUGCUGUGGAGGCGAUUCAGUUGGCCUUGGCAUGGAGGAUUGCGAGACAGGCAUUCAGCUUACCAGAUUUGGAUCCUCUUGCAGACCCACCUGCAGCCGUACCCAGCACCUGGCGCAGCACCUUUGACCACUCAGAAGAAAAUCAAGACGUCAUCGGUUCUAGAUCAACUGGACGAAUCAGAGGUGCCGACCAUGUCGCAAACAGAGAUCGACGAGGCGUACAGGAACCAUGUGGAGAUCACUGGUGCAGACUCUCCUGCAGAUGCAGAGCCAACGGGAGAGCAGAUAACUGCCCUCCACGCGAGGGUGGUGGUCCGUGGAGAAGCACCUUAUACGCAGACUUCAGCGUACUGACACCAUUCGGCCGAAGAGUGCAGAAGCAAAUGAAGGCCCGUGGUUGGAUGCUUCAGAAGGAUGGGUCUUGGAAAGCAGCAGACAUACCAGGACCCCCAACCUACGAGACUCGGGCCGCUUGCUGGAAGGUGUUCCGUGCUGCACUCUUCAUGUUGAGGUAUCCUGUGCCACCCAAUGGAACAGAAGCUCCAAAAGUGGUGACCUCUGCUUGCCUAGAGGAAUACUUCGAGAAAGUCAGAAAGCUUCAUGGCGAGUUCCCGGAGACGUGGCAUCUGCUGCUUCAAGCAGAAGAUCGUUGCAGGGCAGAGAUGUUCGAACGUUACAGGAGACAGCUGACCAAAGCGGCGUUGGAAGGGAAGCUGCCUAUGGGACUGUCCUUCGAUGCAAGGACGAACCUUCCGGAAGCUGCUCAAGAUAUCCUCGAGACCAAUGCGGCGGCGAUUGGACGGGAGACACCAGCAGCACCAUUGCCUGGCAUGGGCAGUAUGCGAAGGGCACGGCAGGAUCGUGUCCAGAGCCAUGCAGGGACUUCAGGGACCACGGUUGCCAACUUUGCCUUGGAAGACAUCCCAACUCUCAGUAUGUCGUUAGCAAUGCGCUCUCUGGCCGGGGACACCGUGGAGGUCAUGGAACCCAAGGACAUCUAUGUGGACUGGGACAUACUGGUCGACAAGGACUUCGAGGCGGCGAAGAAAGCUGUAUUGGAUGCAGGUCACAUUCACAUUGCAUCCCCGUGCCGCUCCUUCACUCGAGCUCGACGAAGCGACGAACACGGCUGGGUGGAGAUCAUGAGGUCCGACUCCCAUCCAGAGGGAUGGGGAAGCCCGUUGGCCGAGGAGGGGAACAGCAUCUUGAAACGUGUGGUGCAACUUGUGCUCAUCGCUUUGGAAGGUGGCAAGUUGGUGAGCAUAGAGAACCCAGAAAAUUCCUUCGCUUGGAUGGUGCGGGUGAUGGUACAACUGCUCAAGCGACGGGACAUGCACAGACAUCGGGAAGGAGGACUUACUGGCUUGGUUUGGGAUCCCAUUUCAGAACAGCAGGUGUGGCGGUCGGCCAAGGCAGCCGAGUAUCCAGCUGGCCUGUGUUGGGCUUGGGCCGAAUCUCUGGACCAAUGGCUCAAGUCCCGAGACGGCUUGGCUUGGAUGGCGGUGCGCACAAUGGUCAAGGUGGGCAAGUUCAACAACACCUUGGUGAACUUGGAGAUCUACAGCCAGGAGUUGGCCCCGCGUGGGCACAAGCGGACAGUGGAGGACGAUGCAACGAUCGACCACACCAAGGAGACCGUGUCAGAGAAGAGAGAGAGGGAAAACACAGAGUCAGUCGGCGGCCUCAGGGAUCCUCGCAGAGCGGUGGCGAGGAAUGCAAACCUUAGGACGUCUGGCGACACCAUUCGUGCAUGCUUGGAUGAACUUCUCAACGACCCGGUUCUGACAGAAUUUGGAAAUGUGCAGGAUGCUUCUCCGUUCUCCGACGAACUGAUUAGUGCUGCUCGGAGGUCUUUAGCUACAGCCUUUAACGCUGAGAUCCUUGAAGAAGGGUGCCAGGUCGGUUUGUUGGAAGCGUUGCUGCUCAGUGCUAAUGAUCCAGAUGCCAGUGUGCUGCCUUCGUGGCUUCGAGAGGGCUUCCCAAUCGGCAUUGCAAGAGACAUCGAGUACACGGGCAUCUUUCCACGUACAGAUGGACCUUCAGCUGCCAUCAAAGCCUCCCAAGCAUUCCAAACGAUUUCGGAUUGGAUGGGAAACGCACAGAAUUACAAAUCCUUCGCUGAAGCUGGCGACAAAGCUCAGGCAGAGCUGCUUCGUUUGGUGGAUGCAGGACGUGCGCAGAAGGUUUCAACUUGGGAAGAGGUUGUGCAACUGGUCCUGCCGUGGACAGGUGCACUCUGGGGAGCCGUGGUAGCUGCGGAACGGGAACCGACUAGGGAUUCAACCAGGGCAAGGAAAGGGCUGACAUUUUGGAAACAAGUGAAAUUCAGCAUCCUGGCCUUGGGAAAGAUGCUGGAAGUCGCAUCUGAACCUAAUCGCUUAGGCCGUGAUCCGCAGUUGCAACUGCCCCAGCUGUCUAAGUUGUAUUCUUUCAUGCAAGAUCUCCCCCUCCUUGAGUUGUUCACUGAUGCUUGUCCCACAGGUAUGGGUGCCGUCAUAUUUCAAGGCAACAUACCCAUUGGAUAUUGGGCCCAUCAACUUUCACAAGAAGAUUGCACCAAGUUACACAAAGACUGUCAGUUAGGCGAUCCGGCAUUCCAGACGGAGUGGGAAGCCUGGACGGUGGUGUUAGCUUUGAGGGCAUUUUCUGGCAUCUUUUCUAGCAGCAAAUUUAAAGUGUUUCUCCGUAGUGAUAACACUGCCACACUGCAAGCCAGUUUGCAGUUUCAAGCCAAAUCACCUCUGUUGCGACAGAUCGCAGCCGAAUUGGUGUUGGAGAUCGAAGAUCAGCAGUUGGGAGCCUUGGAGGGACGGCACAUCCGAGGGUGGAUGGUUAGUAAAGCCUGCGCACAGAAACGGUUGAGACUCAAUAAAGCAUGGGCUAACUCUGAAGCUGUGGAGGAAUUGCCUCCCGCUGUAGCUGCUGCUCAGAAGCUCAUGGCGCAACCCGAGAAUGAUCGAGCCAAUGUUCCCGUUGCAUCGAGCGCAUCAAGGAGUGACGGUUCCAAUGGUCCUUUGGGAGUCACUGCCUGGAUGGGCCAGAUGGACGGAGGCAAGGUCAUGAAUCGGGAGGCACCCAACCCUGGCCCAGGUGAAGUUCUGGGGGAAGGGUUGGGCUGUGUGCAGUUGAGAAGGCGUGGACCGAGAGUGGCAAACCACUGGCUCCAGAAUGGGAGCGAAAAGCGGCCGAAACCAUGCCUGUCAAAGGCCAUUUCGCUUGCGUCCGACGAGGCAAGAAUGGAGGCAGCUAGGCUAGAGUUCAUGACCCUUCGAUAUGCCGCAGGUACUUUGGACACCAAAGACUCCUUGUUUAGGACGUGGUGCGAAGUGUCUACAGCUCGGGGAUUCGAGCCACUGCCGGUCACCGCUGACAAGCUUGUGGAGGUCAGCUCCGUUCUUAGGGCAAGUGGGUAUCGAUCGGGAUUGGCCUACAUCCUGGAAGCGAAGCGAAGACAUCUUCGACAUGGAUUUGCAUGGGGCGAACACUUGGACGUGAUCGUCAAAGACUGCAAGAGGGCAUUCACAAGGGCCAUAGGACCUGCAAGAAAAGCUAGUGAAGUGAGAUUGGAAUGGCUGCAGACAUUGUGGAACACCGAAGGCAACAAAGUCGGAGUGAGGAGAGAUGACAGGAUGCCCGAAGGGGGUCUGCUUGUGUGGGCUCUGGGCAUCCAUUGGGUGCUACGUGAAGUGGAGUUGGCUUGCCUCACCUUGCAUGAGGAUGUAGUAGUCCGACUUCAAAGCAGGGACAGACAGGUCACGAUUCUCCUCACUUCCUCCAAGUCCGACCCUGCAGGACGUGGUUGCAGAAGGACCUUGAGGUGCUGUGGGAGGAGGUCUUGCGAAGACAGUGGGCUGGAAUGCCCGUACUUUGUGGCAUGCUCCUUGAUAGAGAUGCAGGAGAGAAGCACCGGUGUUUCACGAAGUGACGAGCGUGCACGAGGUCUGCCUCUGAUUGGUCAGACAGGUUCACCCAUGUCAUUUGUCGACAAGGACAAGAUGAUUGAGGCAGCCAAGGAGGACGCCGUCAGAGUCAAGGACUUGGUUGAACAAGCACAACAGCUGGACAUCUCUGCAGUCACUGGGCACUUCAUGCGAAGAACGGGAUGUAAGAGAUAUGCCAGAAAUGGGAUGCCACUUGACAUCAUCAAGCACAUGUCUCGGCACAGUUCAUCGGCUGUUGAAGGUUAUGUUGAAGAGGCAUUGGAAGAGGACCCAGGCGCACAAUCGAAACUUAGUGAUUUUCAACAGGUACAGAAAGCUCUCACUGAGUUUCGACAGGAUCUCGAAGAGAUCAGAGAAAAGCAGCAAGUUGUUUCCAUACCAAUCGAGUCUGAAACAGAUUCGAAGUUGAUUGAACAAGUAGCAAAGAUGAAAGAUGAAUUGGGACCGCAGUACAUUAGGAAUCGUAGCUCGCAGAAGGUACAUUCCACCUUUGGUUGCCAGUUCUCUGACGCACCCAGUACAUGGUCCACCAGAUGUGGAUGGAAGUGGGUGAGUGCAGGAAGGCAAGCGGUUGCAUGUGGUGCCACCGAAAUUAAAUCCUUCAAGUUGUGCGACAAGUGCUUCGCGCAAGAAGACGCAUAG